AUGGUGCCACCCAUCCCCAGUGAGAGACCUGCGUUGAAUAUCAUCAUUCCUUGUGCUUCCGUGGGCAUCGUUAUCAUAGUUUCAGCAGCAAUAGUUUUUAUCUGGGCACUACGGAAAGGCAAAAUUCUUAGAGUAAAGUUGACUGCAAGAACGAGAAAUUUUGAAGGCGAUAAUGAUUUGAAAGAAGGAGACGCCGAAGAUGAGUGGAGAGAAACCGGUGAAAUAAAAGGAUUCUACUAUCAUGCCUUUAUUUCGUACAAUGAGUACGCAAAAGAGGACAAAGCGUUUGUGAAAGGGAGGCUAAUACCAGAGUUGGAACGCCGUGGUUUUAGAAUAUAUAAACCCGACGAAAGGGUCGGGGAUAUUGCAAGACAAAAGGAAGACAUUGGCAUUGAAGCCAGCAGUCGGUUCAUCAUGAUCGUCUCACCGCGGUAUUUUGAAAUGGAAGGCGUGAAUGACCAAUGUGGAAGAGCAAGGAAAAAGCUAAACGACGACAAAAUAAGAAUAAUUCCAAUAAUUUUGGAAGAUUUCGACCGCAAACUGAAACAAAAUAAACAAUAUGCGUCUGUAAGAGAACUAAUGAAACAGCCGCGUUUUGAAAAACCCAAUGAAGACGCUAUGGAUAAGUUUUUUAAUGACAUCGUGGACUUCAUGCCAAUGCUUGAAAACCAAGCUGAAAGAGCUGAUAGAGACGGACUGCACCAAGAACAAAUUGAAUUAGAUGUUGAGAUUAAUGGCAACGGGGGCGAGUGAUAUUGAUAUAUCUUUGUCUAUGUUUGCAUCAAACAGGCUGUAUGUGGAACUGAAAAUCGGUUGCACAGAAUCGUUGAGAAAAGUUCUUAUUUCCCUGCCAAUGACAUAUACCACUUAUGUUACAACUAUACUUUUUAU